AUGCCCGGUCAGCGUAUCCUCCUCUUUCUCGCUGCACAAGUGCUCUUUGCAGGCAUAGCUAUAUUCCUCAGUAAUUCGCCGUACACCAGGAUGUCUACCGCGCCGACCAAGAAAUGGGCUGAUGGGCCCAUGAAGCUCGUUGUGACGCCGCAGUACGAGACCAAGAAGACGGAUCUCUUUACGACAGGCGCCACUCACAUGGCUCUUCUCCACAAUGCCGUCAUCCGUGGCUUCAACUCCAUCUACCUCCAAGCCCCUCAUGUCAAGGAUGCCGACAAGGCCGACUUUAUCGGAUACUCUCAGACCUGGUUCCGUUUUGUCAAGUCCCAUCAUGACGAUGAGGAGGAGAAUCUGUUCCCCAAGGUGAAGGACCUGCUUGGGGAUGAAGCUGUGUGGACUGAGACGCACGAGGAGCACGAGUCGUUCCUUGCUCCCCUCGCCGAGUUCAAUACCUAUCUCACCGACCUUUCCUCCCACCCCGUCGACCUCGACUCCGCCGAAGUGAUCCGCCUCAUGGACGCCUUCAAGGUCAACUUCGAGCACCACUUCCACAGCGAAAUCUCCACAAUCGCCGCCCUAUCCAGCCAUCCCAAGGCCCCCAACGACGACACCCCCGAGGGCCAGGCUGCCAGCCUGACCUUCAAGACGUGGGGCAAGAAGACGGUCACCAAGGCCGGCAUGCUCGAUGUGGUGCCCUUCUUCCUGCUCAACCUCGACCGCACCGCUGAGGAGGGCUUGUGGGCGAACUGGCCCCCGAUGCCUGCGCCUGUGACAUGGGGUCUGACCAACAUUGCCGGCUCGUGGUAUGGUACCUGGUGGAAGUUUGCGAGCUGUGACUCGCAGGGCAAGCCUCAGGAGCUCUACGCACUGAGGGGGUUGCCUGCCGAGGCUGAGAAGGAUAGUGCUUGA